AUGCUGCAAGACAAAGUCAUGAGCGUGCUCCGCACUGUUGAUUCGGGUAUGAUGCGUUUGGAACCGGAUGUAUACGUUAACGGACAGUACAUCACGGUAGCCGAUGACCUUACCCCUCGCCGUGUAGAGCUACUCUCCGACUUAGCCCACGAAUUCAUGUCGGUCAGCCAGCCAAUUGCCAAUGCUCACACCGUCAACAUUCACCUUCUGUCGGGAGAAGUUAUCGCCAAGCCUCACGAGCAAGCAACGACCACAGAUUGGUUGCGUUUGUACGUGAGGGAACAGGCGUUGAUGGGCGGUGCGGAGCUGGCUAGAGCUGCGCUGGCUGCCAUGACGCUGUCGCCGGGGGAAGGGUGGUCCUCCAGGGCCGCCAGUGUGGUGUCCGCAUUUGGUGCCGCGCGCGCCCACCCCGAACGCCCGUACAUAACCGAGCAGGCGCUCUUCUGGUGUUUCGUAACUCCGGUACAGAUGACGGCUUUGUAUGAUUGUGAGGGACAAGUCUUGCUGCCCAACGCGUUCGACCGCAACGGAGUAUCCGCGAUCUUGCACGAGAAGUCAUACCGCACGAACGCUCUCCUGAGUCCGGUCGCAGUCUACCAGAACCAAACGGCUACCGUUCCGGGGAGCCACGGGGUACCGUUCGAGGCCCGCGACGCCUCCCUUGAUGCCCGUCCACCCGCUGCUCGACCGGCACCGGCACCCAUAGCCCCGGCGGCCCCCGCUGCAGCGACGCCACCGGUGGAGCAUCCACCUCCGUCGGCACCCCGGGGCGACGUCCUCGACUACCUGCAGUCGCAGAACCUCUGCUUUCGCCACGCCUUCUCCGGUAGGUGCCAUCGCUCCCCGUGCAGGUGGUCCCACGAGCUCCCCGCCGCUUUCUACAAGAGCCUCGCUAUUUGGCAACCGGGACAUGAGGGGCGGCACAGGGUGGCGUCGAUGACGGCCUCUCAGUACCGUCUGGCUUACGAUCUUGGGCCGGUCAACGGAGGGGACAGCGAGUCGGACGAGGACCAUGCGGGCCACGCUCCCCCGGCAUCGGAAGGAGCGGAUUUCUUCAGAAGGAACGGUAGCUUGCUCGACUUCCGCCCCGCUAUGGGGUUUAGACCUGUGUCAUCAGCGCCUUGGGUGCCGCUUCUAGCGACCAUCCCGCACGCACCAGCGGCUGCUAGUCCUCUCUGCAUAGCACGGGACCGGUUUUGUCUGGUCACCGCUCGCGAGAACACCCCCUUGCCCGAGCUGCCCAUUUCUCCCGCAGAGAUGCCCAGCUACGAAGACAUCGCGUGGGAGGACGACGUCUCCUUCGAGUGGGAUGUGCGGCACGUGCCCGAGAGCACCACGGUGGAGAGCUUUACGGCGCGCGCGGUGGAGGCAGCGGCAGUGGGUCCCCAACCGCAGGACCGUCGCGUGAUAGCCCGCAUGGUAGCCCUCAACGUCCGCGAUCAACCUUGUUUCGAGUCGCUUUUUGACACCACCCCCGCUGCGUCUGAUCCGCCGCUGCCGCCUCGAGAAACCGCUCCCCCCAGAGACGCGAGCACACCAGCCGACCCCGGCACCCGCGUUCGUGUUGAAGACGUCAACAUGGGGCCGUUGGGAUUUCUCAAGCAGCAGCUUGUCGAGGUACUUGCCGCUUUCAUCGAAGGCGGUUUGUUCCCCAUCGACCCGAAGCGGGUACCGGCUUGCAUGAACGGUGAGCUACAGCGUCCUUUGAUCAACGAGUUUUGUACCCCUUUCGCCGCCAAGCAACGGCGUUUAUCGCCAGAGGAACGACGCAUGAUUAGAGCCGAUGCACAGCAAGUGGUUGACCGAGGAGUGAUAGGACGUUCCAUGUCCCCGUGGGCAGCCCAAUGCCUGUGUGUUAAGAAGAAAGGCGGCACCCUACGGCUGUGCAUCGACUGGCGUGAACUCAACAAGCUCUUGGUGUCGGAUAGCGGUGGCCUUGGUGACAUGCAUGCGCUAUUCGAUGGGUUGAAAGGCAAUAAGUAUUUCACGCAGCUUGAUCUCGCCUCCGGUUUCCACCAGAUGGAAAUCGCCGAGAAAGACCGGUUUGGACUGACGGUACCGCCUGCAGCUUUCACCCGUAGGGUGUACUUUGCUAAAUGCAUAUUUGGUGCCGCGUCCCAGGAGUCCCUUGGCAUGAUCAUCGACAGCACGGGUUUGUACCCCGCUCCGUCUAAGCUAGUCGCGAUUGGUCGCAUGCCUCGCCCACACACGGUAGAGGAGUUGCGCACGUUCUUGGGUUUGACCGGCUACCUCCGACAGUUUGUACCCAACCACAGUCUGACGGCAGCACCGCUCACCAAUAUCUUGCGCAGCAAAGCUUUUGCCUCGAAACGUGCACGCAAGCUCCCCAUCCCUUGGACCACUGCAGAGGAAGACGCUUUCCAACCGUUACGAGGAACGUUGGCGUCGCCGACGACGAUCGAAGGGGUGACGAGAGCAGUAGCGUUUGAGAGCCACAGGUUUUUGCUGACAGACGCUAGACGGGGCCCUACGAGGGAGUGCAUGGGUGUGUUGUGGUCAGUAGACUACUUUCAUCCUUACCUCGCUGGUAGACAGUUCAAACUGGUGACCGAUUGCUCCGCCCUGAGGUGGUUGUUUCGGAGUCGAGAGCUCUGCCCAAAGUUGCACAGGUGGGCGUUACGGCUCAUGGAGUACGACAUGGUGUUGGAAUGGAAGGCGGGCGUGGAGCACGUGGUGCCAGACGCGCUUUCGCAAUUCCCGGUUGCAGGGACUGCCGAGGUGUCGAAGGGGCGCACAGCUCAGACGGAAGAUGCGGUAGCCUACGUUUCUCUUCCACCCCCGGCCCAAGGGGCCGUUGACUCUAACCUUUCCGCCCUUCGAGCGUUGCCCUUUGCGAUGGGCGCGGUGUUAGAUGCUAAGCCCAGGGAACUCCGCCGCAGCGGCAGGACUCGCACGCCAUCCGUACCCCUGAAGCCCAUCGGAGGCGUGCAGCUGCCACCGGUAGGAGAGACGGGGCUUCUACAGGACGAGCAAGUGGCUGGCCCCACACCUGUCGAAGCCGUGCCGCCCGCACCCCCGCUUCCAGCGCUACCGCCGUCGCCCGUUCAGCGUAGCCACGACGACAUCGGUGAAGUGCUCGCGGCACGUGGGGAUGUACCGAGGUCGUCGUUAGGACCAGACGUUCGUGGGACGUCAGCCAUCGACCGGGCGGCACGGGUUCUCACCAAGCCAUCCAUCCUCGCACAACGGCGCAAGAGACCGCAGAGCAAACGUGUAGCCAUGAUGCCAGGUAGACCGCUAGAACCGUGGAACGAACUGCAGAUGGACAUUCUCAAAAUCGACAAGCCUUCACUCACUGGAAACAACUACAUCCUGCUCGUGGUAGAUCGCGCUUCUAAGUUCCCUUUCGGCUUCCCGUUGGAGACCAAGCAAGCUGUGGGUGCAGCUCGAGUGCUGGUGGAGCUAUGUCCGACUUUCGGUGUCCCAAGAACCAUUCACUGUGAUGGGGGUUCAGGAUUCGGAGCAGAGGUGGUGAAGCAUCCUUGCAGGUGGCUACGUGCAGACAUCGUGUUCAGUGGUGCGGAUCACCCACGGGGCCAAGGUGCAGUCGAGAGGCUGAGAGAAUGGUUGCAAGAACUACUAGCAGAGCUGUGCAGGUCAUGGCCCGACAGGUGGGAUGAUUAUUUGUACCCAUCGAUUUGGAUCAAGCUUACGCUGCCUGACACCGUGCUCCCCUCUCACAUGACUCCCUUCGAGCUUCUGUUUGGCCGCAAGCCCGGCACGACGUUGGAUUCGUUAGUCCCCCUCACAGACGAGACAGGUGCGGAGGGAGGGCUAGACAACUUCGUAGAGCGACGAAAGCAGAACCUCCGUGAAGUUCGCAUGGUGUUGGAGAGGUGGCACGAGUUGCGGGUAGCGGCGCGUGCGAAGGCCAACGCGACGUUCGAGAAGUCGUCCGCCGGAGUGGCAGUUGGGAGAAACAGCUUGGUGCUGAUUCGCGAGACGGAGAGCAGGAGGCAUCGUGAUCGCCGAGAACGGAAGCUCCAGCACGACCUGUACACCGGGCCCUGGAAAGUGACAGACGUCAUACAACCGGGCCUCAGUGUAGAAGUCAGCUUGCAUGGUAGAAGGAAACGCAGCCGAAGAGUGUCUACCGCCGAUGUGAAGCCUUUCCACCUCAGACCUCCCUCGCUCAGACAUUCCAUCGCUGACGAAUUUGCGACGUAUGCUUGGGGACCCGACUUUUAACUCCCUUCUGGAGACGCUGAGCUGUUGGAGUUCGUCUCGAUUGCCGACUGUCGUAGAAGCCGAUCGGGCACUCGAGUGGUUUGGGAGUAUAAAGGGAAGUCGGGCAGUGGAGCAGUGUCGGAGUGGUUGUCAGAGGAUGUCAUGCUGCGGAGUUUCACCCCCCUUCAGCUUGAUGGUUUCGUCGCUCUUUGGCACAUGUACCGCCCCCAGCAAGCGAACGAUCUUCCGCCCGUCUCAUUCAAGCCCCGUGCCCCGCUGUCGCGUGCCGAAGCCUUGAAGCUGUUUCCGAUAGGUUUUGCCUGCCAGAGAGAACUAGACGGAGGAGUGAACCUUCAAGGCCAGGUGUUCGACUUCCUACACCUGUACUGGCGCGUGCGUUACAGCGAAAAAAACUGAGAGGAGCUCUCCCGACGAGAGCUUGAGCGGCUUUCACGAUGACGCUUGCUUUAUGGCGCGCACAAAUCCGAGCCGGCGCUGUGCGUUCAUGAUGUAGGAACAGGGCUGCCCUCUGCAGGUGGUUUACUACCACCCGUCCACGAAUCGGCAACCCCCGGAUGAAUUGGCUUAUGCAUGGGUGUUUGUAUUUUUACAGUCGUUUUCUAGGUAGCUCUAGACACACGUACAUUUCUUGGGUAUCGUAGGGGUAGACCGAUGGCCGCGGCCGUUUGCCGGUAGUUUUACCAUGCCUGCACAAGCGUCGGUACACUUCCCACUUUAGUUAAGAUUGAUCAGGUAUCGCUGCAUGGUCUGAGGAGUUCGUUCCGUGGAGUGUGUAUCGUACAAUAAGCAACUUAUCUGUGGGUGUGAGAUGUUGCUGUCUUGGAUAUUUACUUUGUACAAGGAAAAGUGUCUUCCCGUAGUUUGAGCACGUUGCUCUGCUCCGUCUGGAUGUCGAUAUUCGAGUGAUCCAGUUUCAUUUAGGGUGACAUUCAUGAGACUGGUUGUUAUAUAGUGUUGGAUGUUCCGAGUUGUAUGCAAGAGUACUGAGUACCGUACCCUUUGUUGGAACGCGGCAUCGUUUUGCCGUGCGACGUGUUGUAGAUGGUUGCAAAGUGUCCUUGCGGGAGGUGUGAUACCGUUUGGCAAUGCGUUUUGGUGUUGUAGGAGCUUUGCGCAAUGGGAUUUUCCCUGGAUGGCCAGGUCUUUCCCGCGGUGUAGAUGAGGGUCGGGCUAGCCACUACAGUACAGUGAAUUCACCAAGCGAGGGACGGUUUUUCAAUAAGAGUGUUUUACGCCCGCGGGUCACUUUGUGUUUUCGGUCGCUAGCCUGAAUUCUUUGACUCUCGGGAUGGGGGCGAAGGGUUUCUCCCGGACAUUGGGUUUUUCCUUCGCACAAGUCGAUGCCGGGCUUGUUCAACGCGCAGUGAGAAUGUCGAGAUGAGCGAUUUUUAUGUAGCUUUUUUCUUCGCUGUAACCUCUCGAUAUUUUCGGUUGAACUUUCGGUCCAACUUAUAGGCAUCGCAUGGAUCCGGUCGCCCCGGUGGUCUAGUUGGUAUCCCCGAAACCUUCUAGAGGUCAGGUUAGGGGUUCGAAUCCCGGUAUAAGCGAGCUUUUCUUUCAAAGUGAGUUUUUCUCUCGCUUCCGCUCCUGGCCUAGUGGAUAGUGCUAGUUCGUGUCCCGAUCAACCAAUCCAAUGCAGAGCGAUGUGGCUCUACGCUAACGGUCCUUGUGCUAGGUUCGAGGUUCUUGUCAGUGGGUUGCUUUCUGUCUCGGACGGUUGUCGCCGAAGAUAUUAGAUCAAAGACUCAAAGACCGAGGAUGAUAAAUGGUGCUUUGAAGAGGAAACUUUGUCGUUAAUUCUGCUCCCGAUUACCAAGUACAACAUGUCACAUGCCAGACAAUACGGUAGCGGGAAUUAAUUGCGGACACCGCAAAGUGGCGCACUUCCUCUUGAAAACUACCAAGUUUUUUACUGUUUUUUUUUUGUGUUCACUUCAAAUUAGCGUUCACAGCACUGGUGCCGUUUACUCCAACCCGUGGUCACACAGAAGAGCCCCUCUCUACCCUCCCCUCCUGCGGUAACUUGCCUUCGAUUAUUAAUGCGAGAAGAGUUCAGCACUCACUUCUGCUGUACUCAACUCAAGCCGAUCAACACUGCUGCUAUUCGACCGAACUCCUGNUUGUCGUUAAUUCUGCUCGCUGCUGUACUCAACUCAAGCCGAUCAACACUGCUGCUAUUCGACCGAACUCCUGCACUCACUUGCUGGAACCAACCACCGCUUCGAACUCUGUCAACGCACUGGUAACCGGACACUCAAGCUCGCCUUCUGCUCUGUUAGAUAUACUCGCAGCAGUAUCUGGUCGUGAGGAUCCCAGGGGGACACGUGUUGGGAAUUUCUUGUGCUGAAGGGUACCACCGGUGUAGUCACGGGGACCCAUUGGGCGUGGUCGGUGCGAUGAUGAGGAAGGCUUGCGUGCGUGCUGCGCUCUUCUUCUUCUUCUUCUUCUUCUUCUUCCUCCCUCUAUCUCCACCACCACCACCGUCU